AUGAUGCUGGCUCUAACUAUCGCAAUUUGUGCGAUAUGGUUCCAAUUUGGUAUUGCGCAGACCUCUGGUUCCUGCGCGGCCGUCACACAACACCUCACAGACGCGCCGUACCAGAAUUACUUCUACUCAGACUGCAAUAGUGACACACAAGUUGUGGUCACCAGUCCUCUGCCUAAUUCGAAUCUGUCCAUCAUCGGCCCUCGAGUGGUAGUUGCUUGGCCUGCAGGAAACAGUGGUAUAUGUACUUUUUUCCAGCCUCAAACUGGUCGCAAUGGCUCCCUAGCUAUCGAGCUCGUCAACUCGACGGUUGGAAUGCCGCUGGCUCCAGUCUUCAGAAAUGCCUCCGGUUCUCAGUACCCAUUCGUGGGUGUGCAGGGAGUGCUUUCGUUCAACAACUCCGCGACAUUGACCAUUCCAAUCCUAGGCAGUAUCAGGACGAUUCGUGACUUUACUGAAGGGCCCAGCCUCUUGAGACCGGUUAUCCAGGAUGCAGUCAAUGUCACCCGAUUCAAUGGGACAGGCGCCUCAUUCUCAAGGCUAUGGCUUGACAAUGUGACCACCACCACUUUCACAAUUGUUCCUUAUGGCAACACUCAAACGAAUAUUACUCUUAAUUCUCGAAAUAAGACCGUUAGCUUCGGAGCCGGCUUCUACACAUUUUCUGCGAGCUUUAAUUAUCCUCAGCUCACUCAAUUGCCACCAGAUCAAGUUCUGAACGAGGAAUCUCAAGGACUUAUCCAGCAGCAGGCGGACCAAACCACUUCUCUAUCAUUCCUAUCUUACACCGAGAAGCUCCUUGCCGGAGCCUGGAGAUUUUUGACAUAUUUUGGUCGAGACAGUAUGAUCAGUGCACUCCUUCUGGAACCAGUUCUAUCACAGGGCAAUGGCUCUGCUACUGAAGCUGUGAUUGGAGCUGUCCUUGAACGCAUCAACCGCACUGAUGGCUCUGUUUGCCACGAAGAGACUAUUGGCGACUACGCGACAUUCUUGAAUUUUGAGGAGAACAUCACCAGUACCGAUCCGGGGUUCACAUAUCCCAUGAUAGACACGGACUUCUACCUGCCCGUAUUGAUGCAACAAUAUUUCAAUAGUAGCCCAGGUCGUGUCCAGCCUCUCUUCGCCCGAAGAGCAGGGACAGUCGACCCCGAGAACCGAAACCUGACUUACGGCAAUCUGACACUCAUCAAUGCCGAAAAGAUAAUCAACAUCACCGCUCCAUUUGCUCGAAAUCAAACCAGAGAUAAUCUCCUUCAUCUCAAACGAGGUGAAAUUGUUGGACAGUGGCGAGAUUCCACAUAUGGCCUGGGAGGCGGCCGCAUUCCAUUCGAUGUCAACGCGGCGCUUGUACCUGCGGCUCUUCGUGCGAUCGCGAAGUUGGCACAGUCAGGUGUAUAUCCCAACAACACUCGAGUGAACACAACGGCAUGGGGUUCAUUGGCAGAUGCUAACGCUCAAAUUUGGGAGGAGAAAACCCUCCAGUUUUUCGAGAGGAACAUGACGGCUGAUGAUGCAAGAGAAAACCUGCAGGGCUUCGUAGACACCUCAACUUUCUACAAUGGCCCAACCAACGACUCUUCCCUUCCAGAGGACGGCAAUAUCACCACUUACGCCAUUGCGCUGCAAGGGUAUAACAACCUCUCAUCCGUCGAUGUUCUCCACAGCGAUACUGCAUUCCGUCUUUUCUUCCUGAAUGCAUCGUCUUCAUCUCCCGAAGCCGAGGCACAGGAGACACGCUUCAUAAACGCUACAGCCGACAGCCUUGUCCGACCUUUCCCGGCCGGUCUACUGACGCCUCAGAGCAUGGUUGUGGCAAACCCAGCAUUGUCCGGGUCAGAUAUCCUCACAGCAAACUUCACAAACGCAGCUUAUCACGGCACGGUGGUGUGGUCAUUCCAACUGGCGAUGAUGGCCAAGGGACUGGAACGACAGCUUGCGCGGUGCAACUCGACGAAAUAUGUCCAAGCCAACACGACGCAAACACCGCGAUGGUGUGACGACGAGACCGUCGAACCCAAUGUCCGACGCGCUUACAACGCUCUGUGGGAUAGUAUUGAGGCCAAUGCGGCACAGCUCCAGAGCGAAGUCUGGAGUUGGACUUUCAACAACGAUACGGGUAGCUACACCACGACCCCUCUGGGCGCGUUGCCACCUCCGCCCGGGGUCAGCUCGGGGACAGAAAGUAAUGUUCGCCAGUUGUGGAGCUUAACUUUCUUAUCUGUCACACGGGAUUCUAGCCUUGCGAAUACUGAGGCGUGA